CUGAAGCCGAAAGAAUCUCUUUUCCCUGAAGUAGCUAUUCAGUUUUAUGGUGCGUAGUACUAUCACAGGAGUAGUGCGCAGAGAAAGAGGGGUCAUUUCUGCAGUACAAUUGGUUAUUAAUAUAAGUAGCGUAAAAUCGGAUUUUUUUUUUGUUCGUGGAUUUUGACUUGCGCGUGUGCGUAAAGAAUGACUGCUGAAGUCCAGCAGCCCUGCGUGCAGACCCCUGCACACAGUAGCCCCAUGUCGGAGAAACCGCACGGACAGACGCCUGUGAUGGAGACCUCCUCUUCCUCCUCCAGCACCAAAACAAAAAAGACGACCGCUGGAAUCCGUCGUCCUGAAAAGCCCCCGUACUCUUACAUCGCUCUCAUUGUCAUGGCCAUCCACAGCUCUCCAACCAAACGACUGACUCUGAGCGAAAUUUACCAGUUCCUCCAGAGCCGCUUCCCGUUUUUCAGAGGCUCAUAUCAAGGCUGGAAAAACUCGGUGCGUCACAAUCUGUCUCUGAACGAGUGCUUUAUUAAGCUGCCCAAGGGUCUGGGCAGACCCGGGAAGGGUCACUAUUGGACCAUCGACCCGGCCAGCGAGUUCAUGUUCGAGGAGGGAUCUUUCCGCAGGAGGCCGCGGGGAUUCAGGCGCAAAUGUCAGGCGCUCAAACCUUCCAUGUACAGCAUGAUGAACGGGCUGGGAUUCAAUCACAUACCCGAGUCCUAUAACUUUCAAGGGGGCGGCGGGGGCCUGCCUUGUCCUCCAAACAGUUUCCCUUUGGAGAGUGGGAUUGGGACGAUGAAUGGACAUUUGGCCAGCAAUAUGGAAGGAAUGGGCUUGGCAGGACACUCCAUGUCCCAUCUAUCAACGAAUAGUGGACAUUCCUACAUGGGCAGUUGCACGGGAUCCUCGGGGAGUGAAUACCCCCACCACGACAACUCUGCAUCGCCGCUUCUUGCCAGCGGGGGAGUGAUGGAGCCGCAUGCCGUGUAUUCUAGCACAGCCUCGGUCUGGCCUCCAGCGUCCCCGGCCUCUCUAAACAACGGGGCAUCUUACAUCAAACAGCAGCCGCUCUCUCCGUGCAACCCUGGAGCCAAUCCACUGCAGCCCAGUUUACUCACACACUCUCUUGAACAGUCCUACCUGCACCAGAAUGGCCACGGUACCACCGACCUUCAAGGUAUACCGCGCUAUCAUUCCCAAUCGCCAAGCACGUGUGACAGGAAAGAGUUUGUCUUCUCUUUUAACGCCAUGACCUCUUCAUCAAUGCAUUCACCAGGGAGUAGCUCGUACUACCACCAUCAGCAGGUCUCCUAUCAGGACAUCAAACCCUGUGUGAUGUGACAGCAUUGUUACAUGCAACUACUCUAUGCAACGACGAGAAACAGCGCAAACAGACCCAAAUUAACCAUGGAGUGGUCUGUAAAUGGCUCUUUUGGAAAGGAACAUGGAAUACGGAAUUAAGAAUGGCCGUUUAUUACUAAUCAGAACUUGGCCAUGGAAAGGCAUUGUUAGAAAACUACAAACUCAAUACGGAGCACUUCAGAAAGGCCGAUUCGCUACUUUUAGAGAUUUCAAAAUGGAAAAAAAAAAAAAAAACCUACAGCUUCAGAUCUCUGCGAAUAAGGCCUGGGACAAAAUAAAAUCAAAAGCAUCUCGUUUCCAACAGCUCGGUACUAACUCUGCUGGCGACUGACUACCACGCUCGGAGAUGCAAAGAUGAGUGAAAUGCUCCGAUGUUGAUAUAUUGUUCUUAAAGUCGAGUUUGAAACGUUUGUAUGUUUUUCCACAAUAAUUUUCAUUUCGCUUUAAAAGGUGAAAACCGUAAGAACGCGAAAUGAAGGCACUUUUAAACCUAAAGCGCAAUUUAUUUAUUCUUUUCAAAUGUUUAAU